AUGUGUCCCGCGCGCUCCAUCAUCGAGCGAGUCCGUCAUGAGGAGGUCGCUGCUGCUUUUCGCGUUGCAAUCCCUGCCCGCGACACUGCUGGCCGCGCAGAGGACCGAGCGGCCGACGGUGAAACUUGCAAGUCUUGCAAAGCUGCAAGCGAUCCCGUGCCCCAUCGUUCCGUGAUCCUCGAGGACAACACGACGCCUUUCUCCGCCGGCCGCCCUCCGAACCCCAAAGCGCCAUUGUAUUCUGCAACCACCAAGAAUAAAACGAGCCUUGCUCCAGCUUGCCACAGCUUCGAAGCUUGUGGUGCUUCCGACAUAUUUCUACCGCUGACAUAUAGGCCGCAAGCUAUCACCUGCAAGACCUUCAAUCUCGACAUACCGAUUAAUACAGACUCGGGCAGAGACUCAAAGAAACCCGCAUCGAAAGCAAAUCCAAUGCCUGGAGUUGCUUGCUCUGCGUGCGCUGGUCCUGUUCGGCGCAUGGUGCAGGACUGCAUAGCGCUCACUCUUACUCCUCUCCAGAUUCGACUCAUCGAUGCUCGACAUUCGACCGACAUCCCUGCGCACAGCAUCAUCGUCAAUCCGAAUGUCGGAUUCCCCGUGCAAAUCCAUCUCAGCUACCAGGCAGCAAAGAUCGCCGACAGGAGUUCAAGCUAGUGUCUUGUCGCACACAGAUCAUCCUCCAAGUAUUUUGGGUGCCCCUAGAGGCUUAGGGUCUUGGUGAUCUUGGUCGAACGCAAAGUUGGGUCAGCUUCAACUCAUUCGCGCUAUACAGUCCAACCAGAAGGGGGCCAUGAAUGAUAAACUCAACCCAUCAUGCUGAGGAAGCCCAUUCGCGUUCUGACAAGGACACCAUCCGAGCGCUGCAGCUCGCGAUGUGCUGGGCUUGUCUUGGCUGAGACUUGUGCCCCCUUUCUUCCAGCUGCAGACAAGCAUUUUUCACCUUAUAAUCAAGGCCCCUGCUUUUCUCAUUCCGGCAACGAGACUAUCUUUUGCCCAGCUCUUGGAUUCUGACCACACCUGUUCUCCGAAGCGAC